AUGUCAGACAUGAGAAAGCAGAUAAGGAUUCCUCCUGAGCUUCCGGAGAUUUUAAAGCAGUUCACCAAAGACGCGAUCAGAACACAGCCGGAGGAUCUCAUUGAGUGGGCUGCGCUAUACUUUAAUGCUCUGGUCCAGGGACAACCUUUGCCUGUGAGAGAGGUCGCGGACAGAGUCUUUACAUCCUGCUGCAUGGACCUCUCACCUGAAACUCUUCAUGCUAUGCACUCCCAGAUGUGUGGAAAAGGCAAAGUAAGCAAACAGGAGAUUGAGCAGGUAUGGAAGUCCUACUGCCUGGCUGAGGACCUCCUCAGGCACAUACUCCUUGUCGGCCGCUAUGGCGACGAGGUUGACUGGAUGAAAUUCUUCGCUUUGAGCUGCAACUACCUGGGAGGGACAAUAAAGAAUGCAAUGAUUCGUGCUUGCUACAUACUCAACGAUGAUCCAGCCUGCAGGUCGUCAGACGCACACAUCCCGUUCGAGCUGUUCCGCUCACUGUACAUAUACCUGGCUUCCAUGGAUAAGGAGGUGACUCAGGCACAGAGCCAGCGUGCACUGACUUACCUGGAGACGCAAGCGAAAGCCAGCGACGGUGUAGUGAAAGUGUCUGAUUUCAUCAACGGUCGUAAAGUGCAUCUGGGAUGA